AUCGCCCAUCGUCGUUGAUGGCGACGGCGCCGACGCGUCACGAGCAAAAGGCCAAAACACAAAACACAAGCAACAACAAAAACAACAGCAACAAAAACAAAAACAAGACACGACCACACCUCAGCUGCCUCAACGAUGCAACAAGAUGCUGGAGCACAGCAAAACGAUCCUCGAUCGUAGCAGUUGUUUUUGUUGCUGUUGUUGCCACAACUUUCGAGAAGUUCAACGAUGUAACGUUACGAGAAAUAAUUGAGGAGGCGAAGCAGACAACAACAAAAAACGAAAGAGAGACGCAGCAGCAGCAGCAAAUAAUGAAGACAUCAAGUUGUAACAACUGACGUGACGAGCUGUGUGUGCGGCAUCCAAGAACAACAAUAAAACAAACCGAAUGCUUUUGGCAAC